CCGCAGUCUGGGUUUUCUCUCCUUGGCUCGCUCGCGCCCCUCCUCUUCCCUUCCUGGGCUCUUCCCGCCGCCUCACCCGGUCUGUCCUCUUCUCCAGUCGGGCCGGGCGGGUCCGCACCCUGGGCAUCUCAGGCCGUGAGACCGCCCACAGUGGUCACACCCUUUCCAGAACUUCUUGGCUGGUAACCGCGGAGCCGACUGGAAGCAAGAGGUGGGAGGACUGGAGAAAACCGCUCUAAUCUGACUUGACUCUAGCUGGGAGCUGACGUUGCAUGUAAUAACAACAUUUACAGGCUCUGGAGUGACUUGUCUCAGAUCCCUCCAGAACUGAGCCCUUUGCUGGACCCAUGCCCCAGCCUGUGCGCCCAAGACCAGGUGGAUAACACUCCUCGUGCCUGUGACCCAGAACCCUGACUGACCACCCUGAAGCAGGAUGCUCCAGCAGGUGAAUGGCCACAGUUCAAACCCUGAUGCCCAUGGCAGGAAACCCCUCAGAGAAGACCUGCAGGAGUUCCUGGGCCAGGAUGCCCCACUGCUCUUGCUGGAUGACCUCACCAAGGUGAAUCCUGUGACGCUGGAGACAGUCCUGAGGUGUUUGCAGGCCCGGUACAUGGCAGACACAUUCUACACCAAUGCUGGCUGCACCCUGGUGGCUCUGAACCCCUUCAAGCCUGUCCCUCAGCUCUACUCGCCAGAGCUGAUGAGACAGUACCAUGCUGCUCCUCAGCCCCAGAAACUGAAGCCCCACAUCUUCGGUGUGGGUGAACAGACCUACAGGAAUGUCAAGAGCCUGAUCGAGCCAGUCAACCAGUCUAUCGUUGUCAGUGGAGAGAGUGGUGCUGGAAAGACAUGGACAUCCCGCUGCCUGAUGAAGUUCUACGCUGUGGUGGCUGCCUCACCCACAUCCUGGGAGAGCCACAGGAUUGCAGAGAGGAUCGAGCAACGAAUCUUGAACUCCAACCCUGUCAUGGAAGCUUUUGGGAACGCGUGCACCCUGAGGAAUAACAACAGCAGUCGCUUUGGAAAGUUCAUCCAGCUUCAACUGAACAGGACCCAGCAGAUGACUGGAGCUGCAGUCCAGACCUACCUCCUAGAGAAAACUCGAGUGGCCUACCAGGCCUCCAGUGAGAGGAACUUCCACAUCUUCUACCAGAUCUGCAAAGGAGCCAACGCAGAUGAGAGGCUCCAAUGGCACCUCCCGGAGGGCGCCGCCUUCUCCUGGCUGCCCAACCCAGAGAGGACCUUGGAAGAGGAUUGUUUCGAGGUGACCAGAGAGGCCAUGCUUCAUUUGGGCAUCAGUGCCCCCACCCAGAACAACAUCUUUAAGGUCCUAGCUGGGCUGCUGCACCUCGGCAACAUCCGGUUUGCUGACUCCGGGGACGAAGCCCAGCCCUGCCAACUGAUGGACGAUGCCAAGUGUUCUUUCAGGACAUCAGCCUCGCUUCUGUGGCUCCCAGAAGACCCACUGCUGGAGACACUGCAGAUCAGAACCAUCAGGGCAGGCAGGCAGCAGCAGGUGUUCCGGAAGCCCUGCUCCCAAGCUGAGUGUGACACGCGCAGAGACUGUCUGGCCAAACUGGUCUACGCACGGCUAUUUGACUGGCUGGUAUCGGUGAUCAACAGCAGCAUCUGCGCAGACCCCAACUCCUGGACCACUUUCAUAGGCCUGCUGGAUGUGUACGGAUUUGAGUCCUUUCCCGACAACAGCCUGGAACAGUUGUGCAUCAACUAUGCCAACGAGAAGCUGCAGCAGCACUUCGUGGCUCAUUACCUCAGGGCGCAGCAGGAGGAAUACGCAGUUGAGGGCCUGGAGUGGUCAUUUGUCAACUACCAGGACAACCAGACCUGUCUGGAUCUCAUCGAGGGGAGCCCCGUCAGCAUCUGCUCCCUUAUAAAUGAGGAAUGCCGCCUUAACCGGCCCAGCAGCGCAGCCCAGCUCCAGACACGCAUUGAGAGUGCUCUGGCAGGCAGCCCCUGCCUGGGCCACAACAAGCUCAGCCGGGAACCCAGCUUCAUUGUGGUGCAUUAUGCGGGGCCUGUGCGGUACCACACCGCAGGCCUGGUGGAGAAGAACAAGGACCCUGUCCCCCCUGAGCUGACCAGGCUCCUGCAGCAAUCCCAGGACCCUCUGCUCAAGGUACUGUUUCCUGCUGACCCUGAAGAGACGUCCCAGGAGGAGCCCUCUGGCCAGAGCAGGGUCCCUGUGUUGACUGUGGUGUCCAAGUUCAAGGCCUCCCUGGAGCAGCUUCUGCAGGUCCUGCACGGCACGACGCCCCACUACAUUCGCUGCAUCAAGCCCAACGGCCAGGGCCGGGCACAGACCUUCCUCCGGGAAGAGGUCCUGAGCCAGCUAGAGGCCUGUGGCCUCGUGGAGACCAUCCACAUCAGUGCUGCCGGCUUCCCCAUCCGCGUCUCUCACCAGAACUUUGUGGAACGAUAUGAAUUACUGAGAAGGCUCCGUCCUCGCAUAUCCCCAGCCCCUCACAUCCCAUCUGAUAAAGGGUGCUCAGAAUGGUCUCCACGUGCCGAGGCGCCCACACUGCAACCUCUACUCCAGGACAUCUUCCACUCUCUGCCAGCUCUAACUCGGGCAGCAGCCACACCUGGUGGCCCAGCUGAGGCCACGCCAGCCUCGGUGCACUGCGGCAGGACCAAGGUGUUCAUGACUGACUCCACGCUGGAGCUUCUGGAACACGGGCGCGCCCAGGUGCUGGACCAGUGUGCCCGCUGCAUCCAGGGCGGCUGGAGGCGACACCGGCAGCGCAAGCAGGAGAGGCAGAGGCAGGCUGCUGUGCUCAUCCAGGCAGCAGCUCUGCUGUUGCUGCGGCGCCAGGGCACCAAGAGCUCUAACGACAUUUUACUCUCUCUGCUGUUUGGGGCAAACCCCUUAGCCAUUCGUUCCUGGUUAACUCGGAAACACAUCCAGAGGCUGCACACAGCUGCCACCGUCAUCAAGCGCGCGUGGCACAAGUGGAGAAUCAGAAUGGCCUUUCUUGCUUCUAAUGAACUGGAUGGUGUGGAAGAAAAACACUUGUCUCAAGCUCCCCAUUCCCCAAGUGCCCUCCCACUGCCACAGGCAUACACCCAGCUGCUGGGGGCAAUCAUCCGCCUCUGGCCCCUGGGACUGGUCCUGGCCAACGCGGCCGUGGGGGUACGUGGCUUUCAGAGGAAACUGGUGGUCUGGGCCUGCCUCCAGCUCCCCAGCAGCGGCCCCAGUAGUUACCCCGUCCAGACAGCACAAGAACAAGCUGGAGUCACGUCCAUCCGGGCGCUGCCUCAGGGCUCGAUAAAAUUUCACUGCAGAAAGUCUCCACUGCGCUAUGCUGACAUCUGCCCUGAACCUUCGUCCUACAGUGUUACUGGCUUUAAUCAGAUUCUGCUGGAAAGACACAGACUGGGCCACGUGUGAUCUCUUCUCACCUUCCAUCCUUACCCUGGCUGGGUGAUCCAUGGCGCCUUUGUUUCUACAAGGCCUUUUCCUGCCAGCUACCUUGCCAAUGACAUUUAAUCAACACACAGCUGCCAAACUAUUCCCACAGCGACUCCAAGACUCCAGGUCGGUGUGAGAGAGCAAUGGCUCCCGCCUGCCUGAAAACCAGGGCUGCAGCCGCGAAUCCACCAGUGGGCCCGGGGCUCCAAUCUCAUCUCAAGCACUCACAGGUGUCAGGGUUAGUUGUUAUCAAACCAGGGUUAAGAAACAUCAGGGCCACCAAGAAGUGCACAUUUUAACUACCUUCACUGAUCCAACUCUAAUCAAACAGGAUUA